UCAGGUAAAGAAUUUAUUUAUCGAAAACUAAAGCUUAUGAACUUUUAUAAUCUUAAGAAUUGAAAAGAUUGUAACUUUUAUGAAUGCCGAAUUAUUUUUAAGAAAGGGAUAUAAUUACAACCGAAUAAUAUAAUUUAUUGUGUUUGGAGUCGAACAAAUGAAAGAUUAUAUUAACGCCCUUGGUAAGUUUUAAAGAUUGAAAACCAGAAUAUCAAAUUCCAAGUACGAAAUCCCUUCCUGAAAUGUGAAAAACUAGUAAAAUAGUGAAGAUUUCAGUUUUUUACUUCCAUGAAAGUUUAUAAUUUUUUAGAUAAUUUUGAAUGAGAGAUUAAUUUACUAUACUAUUAUCAGUUGAUUUUUUAGGGAAUUCAUACUUAAAGGUUAGAAAUUUAAUAUGGAAGAAAAAUUAAAAAAUUCUCUGGUUCAAUCCAAAGGAAAAGUACAUGAAUGUCCAAUAUGCGGGAAAAAAUGCAAUACCAAAAGCAAUUUAAUCCAACAUUUAAUUAUUCAUACACAAAUGAAACCGUUUGUAUGCGAGAUAUGUGAUAAAGCAUUUAAUAUGAAAAGUGGAUUAAAUUCGCACUUGCUCAUCCAUAAAAACGAAAAAUCUCAUGCUUGUGAAGAAUGUGGUCAAUCUUUCAAAAGAAAAUAUCAUUUAAAAAAUCAUUUGCGCACUCAUACAUAUGAAAAACCUUACAUUUGUGAUGUCUGCAGCAAAGCAUUUUCGACUAGUAGCGGUGUUAAAACACAUCUAAGAAUUCAUACGAAAGAAAAACCUUAUGUAUCUGAUAUAUGUGGCAAAUCUUUUACGCAGAGAAGCAAUUUAAAAACACAUCUAAGAAUUCAUACGAAAGAAAACCCUUAUAUUAUUUUUCAAGAAAUUAGAAGUGUGCAAUAUUUUGCUUCUAUAUCUGUGGCAGGAGUAUCCUUUUUCAAAUCCUCCUCUCAUGGAUUGAAAUUUUCCAGCAGUUUCCUAAUACAAAUAAUUUUAGUUUCUAACUGGAUUUCAUUUUUAUCUACUAUUCAUCCUUCUGACAUCUUCCUGAAGUCCAAUUUUUCUGACGAAGAAGCAACAUUGCAUCCAAUAUUGUUCGUUGUCUGGAGUAAUCUCUGUAACAGUGAGUUUCUCUCCGCAAAAAACCUAAACUGUGAACUCUUUCGAUCGAAAGAGAAUGUACAUGCAUGUAAAAUUUGUGGUAAAAAAUGCAGCACUAAAUCCAACUUAAGCAAACAUUUAAUUAUUCAUACAGAUGAGAAAAAGAAUGUAUGCGAUAUUUGUGAAAAAGCAUUCAAACAAAAAUGUACUUUGAAAACCCAUUUGCUCACUCAUACAAGAGAAAAAUCUUAUACUUGUGAUGUAUGUGGUAAAUGCUUCAUCGAAAAAUGUAAAUUACAAAAUCAUUUGCGCACUCAUACUAAAGAAAAGCCUUAUUCCUGUGAUUUCUGUUGCAAAGACUUUUCGAACAGAGACAAUUAUAAAAGACAUCUAAGAAUUCAUACGAAAGAAAAACCUUAUGUUUGUGAUGUGUGUCGCAAAAGGUUUACUCAGAACACAUCUUUGAUCAGCCAUUUACGUACACAUACUAAAGAAAAACCUUAUGUAUGUGAUGUCUGUAGUAAAGAGUUUUCGGAAAGAAGUAAGCUCAAACGGCAUUUACGCAUUCAUACAAAAGAAAAACCUUACACCUGCGAAGUCUGUGGCAGAGCGUUUUCACAGAGAAGUUCUUUAAAAAGACAUUCAAACACUCAUAGCAAUGAAAAUCCCUAA